GAUCCAUCUACCUCGGUGGAUCCCCGGACCACCGAAGCCGCGCCCAAUAAAGAAACCCUAGCUGGAGGCGGGGAGAAAGCCAAGUCCUGGAAAACGAUACUCCCGCCACAUUCAUUAAUCAUUCGCUUCAAAAUCGCGGAGGAUCGCGAUUCGAGAGACUGGAAAUUUCAAUCCGAAUCGAUACGAUGGAGGGGCUGAGCGUGUCAGAUGCGAAUCUAACGGUGUACAUCCAUCCAUCCAAAGCCAACAAGAUCCACCAAUCCAUCCUUCGUCAGCUCAGUUCUUCUCUCCUCUUCCAGUACAAUGAAGCCUUUGAUGGUGUUGUAUUGGCUUAUGAUGUGAAGAUUGGAAGUAAACAUGCAAAGAUUCUUCCUGGGAUUACUCCAUAUUUUGGUGUGAAACUAAAAGCAAAAUUGUUGCUUUUUUCUCCCAAACCGGACAUGCUUUUAGAAGGAAAGGUGGUCAAGCUUGGAAAGGAAUCCAUUCAUGUUGUUGUUCUUGGAUUUUCCUCAGCAGUGAUUACAUCUGAAAAUAUUCGUGAAGAAUUCAAGUACAAAACUAAACAUGGCGAAGCCGUGUUUGCUAGUAGAUCUCACAAGCGACAUGUUAUUAGAGUUGGAACCAUGCUACGCUUCUUGGUUAAGAGUUUCGAUGAGGAAAUACUUCACAUUUCUGGGUCAUUAAUACCUGCAAACACUGGAUGUAUACGCUGGUUAUACGAACAUGCGACAGAAGAAGGUUCACAAAUGGAUAGGAGCCAUAGGAAACAGAGGAAAAGGGCUAGGGAAAUGGAAAGGGUUGAGCAAAUGCCUCAAGCGUUUGAUGGGGGUGCUUUCUCCUCAAAAACUGACAGGCCACACAAGUCAAAGAGAAGGAGAACUGCUGAAGAUUCAUGAAGCUAUUAUGGGGCUUCUUUUCACCAGGUUUCCAGUUCUGACAUGUGGGACCAAUGCUUUAGUAAUCCAGACCAUUGGUUGGUGGCCUCCCAAUGUGGAUGGACGAUGUGAUAUAAAUGGUACCAACAGCUUAUUUGCUCAUUUUUAGUUUUUUUUUUUUUUUUUUUAAAGUUCAUAAUUAAUUUAAAUAAAUUUAUUGAAUUAUUAAAUACUGUGUUGAGUCGAGUAAAGAUGCGGAGAGUUCCUAUCAGAGCCAGUGAGUUUUCAGGUUUUUGAACUCACUCUCCUCGAGAAGUUUCAAGUGUUCUAUAGGAAGAAUCAGCAACUUGUAGUUUGCCAGGUUGUUGAUACAUAUGAUUACAUAAAUGUGGGGGCCAUGUUUUGGUAAUCCUAGCCGUUU